UGUGUUGUCUAUCUACAGGUCUAUCCCACACCCCCCGCUCUGAGAAGUUUGAGAUCUCUUACAACGUCAACGAUGUGGAGACGUAUCUGAAAUACACCAAGAGCAUCAAGGACUUCCUGGAGAUGUACGAUGAGGAGAAGCAGACCGACCAGAACAAGUACGAAGACUGUGGAGAAUUACCUGAAUCGUACAGGGACCGUGGUGAGCUGGAGAGUGACGCUGGAGUGAGGAAGGCCUGCAGGUUCAAGCGGACCUUGCUGGGACCCUGUGCUGGUCUGGAUGGUCAAGAUGAAAACUUUGGCUUCAAGGAUGGGAAACCCUGUCUGAUCGCCAAGCUCAACAGGAUCAUCAACUUCCGACCAAGGCCUCCAACCAACAAUGCCUCCGUCCCUGAAGCCGGCCAGAGCAGAGUCCAGACCAAUGUUAUCCCCAUCCACUGUCAGAACAAGAGAGAGGAGGAUGCUAGCAAGAUUGGUGAGAUCAAGUACUAUGGCAUGGGCAUGGGGUUCCCCCUCCAGUACUACCCCUACUAUGGCAAGCUGCUGCACCCCAAUUACCUACAACCUCUGGUGGCCAUCCAGUUUACCAACCUCACCUUCAACGAGGAGCUGCGUCUUGAGUGCAAAGUGUAUGGAGCGAACAUUGACUACAGCGAGAAAGAUCGCUACCAAGGACGAUUUGACGUUAAGUUCACCAUCACCAAUUCAUGACCUCAGAAAAACACACUGUUAUCUUCCCACAUUUCAAAACAAGAUGAUUUAGAAAAAAAAAAAUAGUUAUAUUAAAAACACGACUAGUCUUGGAACAAACUUUAAUAAUAUACUUGACCUAGAGUCAAUCUGUGUACACUACACUGGCUUUUCUGCAUAAUGUCUAGGGUUAGAAUGUACACUACACUGGCUUCCUGCAUAAUGUCUAGGGUUAGAAUGUACUUUACAGGAAGAGUAGCAAUAGCAACAUAUUUAUUCUACUGUAAAUGAGAAGUCCCUGAGCCAUGGGACAUGUUCAUCUCUUACUGUAAAUUGCAAUUCCACUACUGAUAUGUAGCGAGCAGUGUUUCUGUCUGUCCCCCCCAAGUAUUCUGCCUAAUGUGGUUUCUAUAUAUGUUUGGAGUGUCCAGUACAGUAGUGGCAUACAGUGGUCCUUUCCAAGCCAUGUUGUAAUUUCUGUUGUCUUAUGUCAGCCAGCUUUAGUGGUCCAAGGUGUGUUUGUGUUUUAAUGUGAGUGUGUGGAUAUGUGUUAAUGUGCUCUUACUAACUGAAAAUACUGGCAUGGUACGCUCUGAUCUCCAAGUCUGUCAGUAAACGGAUGCACUCCCUGGAAUGCUUUUCCUGUGUCUUCUUCAGUUGAUUGUGGGACAAUAUUUCUACAUUACUCUUUUUCUUUUUGCAUCAACUUUAAUAUGGGACAGAGGGUUUAAUGAAAUGUCUUGUUUGAUAGUCCUCUCUCUAUGUUCGAUGCUUCUCCUCCUCUCUCUAUGUUCAAUGCUUCUCCUCCUCUCUCUAUGUUCAAUGCUUCUCCUCCUCUCUCUAUGUUCAAUGCUUCUCCUCUCUCUAUGUUCAAUGCUUCUCCUCCUCUCUCUAUGUUCAAUGCUUCUCCUCCUCUCUCGAUGUUCAAUGCUUCUCCUCCUCCUCUCUCGAUGUUCAAUGCUUCUCCUCCUCCCCUCUAUGUUCAAUGCUUCUCCUCCUCCUCCUCUCUAUGUUCAAUGCUUCUCCUCCUCUUCCUCUCUAUGUUCAAUGCUUCUCCUCCUCUUCCUCUCUAUGUUCAAUGCUUCUCCUCCUCUUCCUCUCUAUGUUCAAUGCUUCUCCUCCUCUUCCUCUCUAUGUUCAAUGCUUCUCCUCCUCUUCCUCUCUGUUCAAUGCUUCUACUCCUCUUCCUCUCUAUGUUCAAUGCUUCUACUCCUCUUCCUCUCUAUGUUCAAUGCUUCUCCUCCUCUUCCUCUCUAUGUUCAAUGCUUCUCCUCCUCUUCCUCUCUAUGUUCAAUGCUUCUCCUCCUCUUCCUCUCUAUGUUCAAUGCUUCUCCUCCUCUUCCUCUCUAUGUUCAAUGCUUCUCCUCCUCUUCCUCUCUAUGUUCAAUGCUUCUCCUCCUCUUCCUCUCUAUGUUCAAUGCUUCUCAUCCUCUUCCUCUCUAUGUUCAAUGCUUCUCCUCCUCCUCUCUGUUCAAUGCUUCUCCUCCUCCUCUAUGUUCAAUGCUUCUCCUCCUCUUCCUCUCUAUGUUCAAUGCUUCUCCUCCUCUCUCUAUGUUCAAUGCUUCUCCUCCUCUCUCUAUGUUCAAUGCUUCUCCUCCUCUCUGUAUGUUCAAUGCUUCUCCUCCUCCUCCUCUAUGUUCAAUGCUUCUCCUCCUCCUCCUCUAUGUUCAAUGCUUCUCCUCCUCCUCUCUAUGUUCAAUGCUUCUCCUCCUCCUCUCUAUGUUCAAUGCUUCUCCUCCUCCUCCUCUAUGUUCAAUGCUUCUCCUCCUCUUCCUCUCUAUGUUCAAUGCUUCUCAUCCUCCUCUAUGUUCAAUGCUUCUCCUCCUCUUCCUCUAUGUUCAAUGCUUCUCCUCUCUCUAUGUUCAAUGCUUCUCCUCCUCCUCUCUAUGGUCAAUGCUUCUCCUCCUCUUCCUCUCUAUGUUCAAUGCUUCUCCCCUUCCUCUCAAUGUUCAAUGCUUCUCCUCCUCUUCCUCAAUGUUCAAUGCUUCUCCUCCUCUUCCUCAAUGUUCAAUGCUUCUCCUCCUCUUCCUCAAUGUUCAAGGCUUCUCCUCCUCUUCCUCUCUAUGUUCAAGGCUUCUCCUCUUCCUCUCUAUGUUCAAGGCUUCUCUUCCUCUCUAUGUUCAAGGCUUCUCCUCCUCUUCCUCUAUGUUCAAUGCUUCUCCUCCUCUUCCUCUCUAUGUUCAAUGCUUCUCCUCCUCUUCCUCUCUAUGUUCAAUGCUUCUCCUCCUCUUCCUCUCUAUGUUCAAUGCUUCUCCUCCUCUUCCUCUCUAUGUUCAAUGCUUCUCCUCCUCUUCCUCUCUAUGUUCAAUGCUUCUCCUCCUCUUCCUCUCUAUGUUCAAUGCUUCUCCUCCUCUUCCUCUCUAUGUUCAAUGCUUCUCCUCCUCUUCCUCUCUAUGUUCAAUGCUUCUCCUCCUCUUCCUCUCUAUGUUCAAUGCUUCUCCUCCUCCUCCUCCUCCAUGUAGUCUAGAGCAGUGUUCUGUGUCCUGCAGCAGGCAGGGAAGACUAUCUUCCUUCCUCCUCCAUGGAAACACUGACAGCAACUGUGUUUUUAAAACCAACCCUUUUAUUUGCUGGAGACAUCACAUGACGUGGUGUAACUUUCUAAUGAAUGUUAGUCAUUUUCAUGGUGGAAGAGUUUUAUAUUUAUGCAGUUGUACAAUUUUUUUCCCGCAGGAAAAAGUGUAAUGUAUGGAUCCGAUACCAAAGUCGCUGGUCAAAAAGUUAGAGUAUCAGAAGCAAUGCAGUACCCUGUGUAAUAGGAGGUUUUGUUGGUGUAAAAGUGAUCAAUGUUGAACAUCCGGACACUCGUCAGGAGUCCAUCUGGGUAAGAUCGUAAAGACAAAUAAAUGGAGAAAUUAU